UGAAAGCACCAUGAGCUGCAACCGGAAAGUGAAUUAUGCAAAACAGGAAAUGUACAAAACACAUCUCACACACACACGCCAGCUGGCUCUAUUUUCUAGCUAGCGUUGAACUUUCGUUGUUCCACCUUUUUGGUUUUUGUUUUUUAUUUGAGGACAGAUUUGUUUAUUUCCAUUUUUGUUGGAUUGAAACAACACAUUUUUCAAGAUGGGGGGCGGCGAUCUGAACUUGAAAAAGAGCUGGCAUCCCCAGACUAUGAAAAAUAUUGAGCGUGUUUGGAAAGCUGAACAGAAACAUGAGGCUGAAUGCAAGAAGAUUGAGGAGCUCCAGAAAGAACUGAAAGACGAACGAGCCCGAGAAGAAAUAACAAGAUUUGCACAGGAAUCUGGCUCCAUCAAAAAGAAGGAUGAUCGCCUGGACUGGAUGUACCAGGGCCCUGCUGGUCAGGUGUCCAGAGAUGAGUAUCUGCUGGGACGCUCCAUUGACAAGCAGAUCACCGACCAAUACGAGGAGCCAGAGAGCGGUCCGUCAGCGGAGACUGGCCUGCUGCCGGGGUCCAUUUUCAACCCCACCACUCCUGCCUCCAACCUGGACCUGGCUGCCAAGAUCAGGGAAGAUCCCCUGUUUGAAAUCAGGAAACGCGAGGAAGAAAAGAAGAGAGAAGUCUUAAGUAAUCCAGUGAAGAUGAAGAAAAUUAAAGAAAUGCUGCGCCAGAAUCUUGACAAGAGAGACAAGAAGAAGAAGAGGAAGAAGGAAAAGAAGGAGAAGCAGAGGAAAGAAGACAAAGAAAGAAGAAAGGAGAAGAAGCACAAGAGAAGGAGUUCAAGUUCCGGCUCAGACGAGGAAGACGAGAAAAAACACCGGUUACAUUCACGAGAUGAAUCUUCAGCAGACACCAAAUCUCGUUCCCAUCAUCUUCCAGGCUACGGCCUACUGCUCCCCCCUGGCAGACAUCACCAGCCCUCCGCUCCCUCCAAUCACUCAGGGCGCCGCGAGAGGAGCCGCUCCCGAUCACCUCCCAGGAACAACAGGGACAGCCAGCUCAACUCUUCCUCCUCACACAGAGGCGACAGGAAGGUUGAGCCCAGAGCUUCCAGUCUACAGACAGCGCGCAACCACAGACCGAGGCACCCUGUGUCCAAGAAGCUCUCUGCAGAGGAGCUGGAGCGCAAGAGGCGGGAGAUGAUGGACCAGGCCAAGCAGAGGGAGGAGGACCGGGAGAACAACGUGAGGAGAUACAAGAAGCAGGACGAGCAGGAAAAGCAGCGGGAACAAAAUGCCAAGCAUGACCGCCACGCUGGCUUCAUUCAUAACAUGAAGCUGGAGAGUGCUGCCAGCUCUUCGGUAGAGGACCGGGUGAAGAGGAACAUCCACUCCAUUCAGAGGACUGCAGCCUCCCUGGACAAUUUCAUGAAGAGAUGAAGACUCAACACAGGAAAAAGCUUUCUAUGGAAGCGAAAAAACGCAGAAAAUGUAACCCAUUUUGAUUUUUUUUUAUGAGGGAUUUAAUUUUUCGGAGGUAGUGUGUAAACCCAAUUGACACAAUGUGAGGUCGUAUUUAUUUAUUAACGCCCGAACAUUUCGGACUCCGUGUGCAAGGACCUUAAGCCACCCACACCUUUAUCUGUCUCUUUAAUGUAUUGAAGCAGAUGUGUACGAGGAUGGAUGGUGUCAGGCGAUCAAACAAGGAACUACAUGGCCCCAUGCCUAACUGUGGUUUCUAUUUUGAAAAAUAGUUUCCACAAUGGUAACUUAAUUUAUAUUUCAGACUAUGAUGGCUAAUCUGUUUUAGUCACUUUUCUUAAAAGCCAAUACCCCUUUAAGAUUCAUGUGAUCUGGACUUUGUACAGUAUAUUGUUUUAGUUUUUACAGUAUAAUAGGACCUGCUUUUAUCUAAUAAGGUUUUUGUAGCAUAGGUUUGUUACUUGGUGUACUCAUGUGAGUUGCAAAUGUAAUAAAAAAAACAUAUUUCCAGACCUCCAUUAUUUGUUUUCGCGUAUUGAAAUAAACAUAUGUUGUCACUGGGGA